ACCUUACCGAUACCUUAUUCUAAUUCGCCUUGCGCUUUGUCUCUGCUGCAACCGCAACCGCAACUGCAACUGCACCUAGCCGCCCUUUGCAUCUUGUCCCACGUCUUUUCUGCGGCAUUUGCUUUUUCUCUGCAUCCACCACCGUCAGAAUAUCCCCCUUUGACACGACAUUUCAUCCUCCCGCCCUGCCAUGCCGUGUCGCAUCCGCCGCCUGUCCAUACAUUGACGCUUGAAAGACAACGGAUUGGAAGAAACAAGAACCCCUUUCUUCCUUUCCCACCCCUCUACCGCAAUAUCUCACUACCAGCCUGCGACACAUUCCUCGACCGUCUCCAAUACUUUCUUUAUUCACCACCCCAUCUCUUGAACCUGAACCUGAACCGCACGCAGUCCUGUUCGCACACCCGCCCAACCUCUAACCGGCAUACUCCAAAUAAAGAAAGCGAGAGAAAGGUUCUGCGACAAUACGUAUUUAGGUUGGCUUUUGGGUUUCCGCCUUGGUUUUGGGUACGAGCGUAUACCUGA